AUGAAUGCCAUGAAUGAACUGGAUUUUGCAACUUUAUCUGACCAGAUCACUUCCCCGAUCGAUGCCAUGUAUCAACCAUCAAGGCUUGACACUUUCAUAAUAAAGUCAUACCAACUUUUAUCACAAAAUGGAGUCAUCAAUGUCACUUCCCUAUACAAUACACCGUCACCUCAGACAGCUGUAAUUACACCCAUCUCUAAUACCACAGAUGGUAAUUCAAAUACAUUGACAGAAUCAGUGCAGGCCAAUUCUAAUAAUCUUUCUCUCUCCUACAAUGGUAUGAAGGACUCUCCGGAGGAUUACACGUCCAUUUUCUUAAAGAUGUCUCAAAUAUAUAAUGCAACCAUAGCAAUGGCCUCAAAUGAUGAUGAUCAAUCUACAUCACCUAAGUCUCCAAUUGAACUGUGGCAGAAGUUUCAGCAAAUUAUUAAGGAACUUGAAUUAAGUUUUGAUGUCAGUCAAUACGGUAGAUAUUUUAAUAAACUAGGUCAAGAAUCAUAUGCCAUUAAAGACGACGCCGAAUUAUCAAAUGAACCACUAUGGCAAGAGGUAGUGAAAAAUAUCCUUUCCGUUUACGAACCUCAAACAGGUGCUUUGAAAAAUCAAGGGCGUAAGAAAGUGUUCACUACGACCUCAUCGCCGAAAAGAGAUGUAGGAAACAGCACUGGAUCAACAGCAACCACGGCAAAGGUAACCAAAAGGAAAAGUCGAAAGAAUGAUAAACCUAUCAACACUGCAAAAAAUAUAAAGAAAAAUAAUAUUCCAGCCAAAGCUAAAAAUAGCAAAAUAAAAAAUUCCCCAGCAAAAGGUUUGGCAUCAAAUGCAAUUGAGACAACAAUAAAUAAUGGGACCUUGAAUCCUAGUAUAUUGGAUGCCACAUUGAAUAAGAAAUUCCAACCAUUCCAACAAGAUGUCAACUCUAGAUCAUUAAGUGGCUAUUAUACCAAACCUACGAGUCCAGGUUCAUUUGGAUUCAAUUUUAAUGAGGAUCUCACAUCAAACCCCAAUAAUUUUAAUAAUACUAACACCCUUCCAGGAAAUGUGACCUCUUUGAAGAGGCGAUCUCUUGGUGCGUUGGGAGUAGAAAAUUUCGAUGAUACUGCCAUGGAAGAAUUGUUACAGUUAACAGAUCCAAUUAAGAAAUUGAAACCUAUUUCCCCUGAGGUGUUUAAUAAUAUAGCAAUGAAUCCGAUGACUGAUGAAAUGAAUCUUAACAUGACGGAAAACAAUAAUAUUUCCCGUUUAAUGAAUGAGAAGAGUUUGGAUAAUGAUCGAGAGGAUGUCCCUAGUACUAAUGAGAUUGAUACGGGCACCAUUGAUUCUAAUACGGCAGUCCCGAUAGGCGACCCCAUCGAUACCAUGCUCCCCAGGUUAAACGCUUUGGCUCAAGAAAUGAAAAGCACAUAUACCACGCUGCUCUUAGAAAAGGAUAAUAGAAUUUCCCAAUUACAAAGGGAUCUUGAGAUGCAGCGGCAGGAAUGCCAAUGGCUGAAAAGAAUGCUAAUAGAGGAUAUGGGAUAUGUUAGAGGAGUAUUGAAGGACAUGAAGAAAUGA